AUGGGUUUCCUAAAGCUCCUCUCUACGUCCCUUGCGACUCUGGCAGUCGUCAAUGCCGGUAAGCUCCUUACCGCCAGUGAUGCCGACGCGGUCGUUCCUAGCUCCUACAUUGUUGUCAUGAAUGAUGGCGUUAGCAACGCGGAGUUCAAGGACCACCGUGACUGGGCUACAACUGUUCAGGCUCGUAUCACGAGCCGCAAGAGUGGCGAGUCCGGACCACGGAAGCAUUUCGACAUCAAUGGCAUGAAAGGAUACAGCGCUAGCUUCGAUGACCGAACCGUCAAAAACAUUGCCAGUGACCCAGCGGUCAAGUACGUUGAACCAGACAUGUUUGUGAACGCGACCGAGAACGUGGUUCAGCCCAAUGCUCCUUCAUGGGGCCUCCCUCGCAUCUCUAGCAAGAAGCCCGGUGCUACCGACUAUGUGUAUGACUCUACUGCUGGUGAGGGCAUCGUGGUCUAUGGCGUCGACACCGGGAUUGACAUUGAGCAUCCCGACUUUGAGGGCCGCGCUGAGUGGGGCACCAACACUGCUGAUAAUGAUAACACUGACGGCAAUGGCCAUGGCACCCACACUGCGUCUACUGCGGUGGGCAGCAAGUUCGGUGUUGCAAAGAAGGCCUCUGUUGUUGCUGUCAAGGUCCUUGGUGCCGAUGGUUCUGGAACCAAUUCGCAAGUCAUCUCUGGCAUGGAGUGGGCCGUUAAAGAUGCAAAGUCCCGCGGCGUCACUGGAAAGUCUGUUAUGAACAUGUCUCUGGGUGGCGCCUUUUCUCGGGCUAUGAACGACGCCGCUGCCAAUGUCGUUAAGUCCGGCGUCUUUCUCUCUGUUGCUGCCGGCAAUGAAGCCAAGGAUGCGAGUAGCAGCUCCCCUGCUUCUGCUCCGAAUGUAUGCACUAUCGCCGCUUCUACCAGCUCAGACGGCAGUGCUUCCUUCACCAACUUCGGUUCCGUUGUCGACCUCUAUGCUCCUGGGAAGGACAUCACGGCCGCAUUCCCUGGUGGUGGCUCAAAGACCCUGUCUGGAACCUCCAUGGCUGCUCCACAUGUUGCUGGUGCUGCUGCCUACCUGAUGGCUCUUGAGGGUGUGGCCUCUGAUAAAGCUUGCGCCCGUAUUGUCGAGCUUGCUAUCUCGUCUAUCUCCAGCGCUCCGUCCGGCACGACUAGGAAGCUUCUGUAUAACGGUAUCAACGCCAACUAA